CUAAUAAUAACAAUCUCACGCGACCGGAUGUGACAGGCCCACCAAGGGAUUGUGGGAAGUCAGACUGUCAGUGUCCGUCCUUGUGCUGUUCCUUUACCUCAUAGCUUAACAUAGCACAGAAGUUUGCCAAAAUGUACAGACAGCUUAUGGGACUUAGGCAGCUUUCCAGGCGCACCAUCACCAGCAGUGCCCGCAGACAGAUUGAUAACACUGUGAAGGACAAACAAAAACUGUUUCAGGAGGACAACGGUAUGCCUAUCCAUCUGAAGGGCGGGUCAAAGGACGCUCUGCUCUACAGAGCCACAAUGACUCUCACUGUGUUUGGGAGUGGUUAUGUUGUGUAUGAGCUGUUUAGUGCUGCAAUGCCCAAGAAGCCACAGUGAAGCAUGAUUGGCAAAUUGGACUUUUUCAUCUGAUGAAACUAUCAUGCACAUGCUGUAUGUAAUUCAUCAACUCUGUGUUGUGCAGAUUUGUAAUCUGGGAAAUUAUUUGUCCUAUCAAUACUAUCAGUAUUUUUAAUGUUUGAAACCAAUAUUUAUUGAUUGUACAAAUCAUGAGCUGCAAAUAAUAAUAAAAAUAUACAUCUCAUUAAAUUGUCACUUUUUAAAACUCGA